GAAAAAGGCAUGCAUCCUGGUACAUUGUUCCAUUUCUUUCAAAAACAUUUUCCAUGGCGUUUCAGCUUCACCCAAAGCUCAACCAUCUUUUAUGCUUAUUCAUCAUUACCCUUUCGUUUGCCCACGCUCAAGCUACUACCUUUGGAUACUGCGGUUAUGCAUAAUGAAUUCACGGCUAAUCGCGCCCAGUUUACUCAUGAUAUGGUCUCGUUGAACUUUAUUCACUUUCUUUUAUGUUUAAUUUUCCAUGAAAAUUUAUGCAGCUGAUGUGAACUAUUCUGUGAAAGUUUCUGGAGUUGAAAUCACACCAGACCCUGUUGUGCGUGCCAGGCCUGUCACCUUUAAAAUUUCUGCUGCUACUGAUUUGUUGAAUGCAGGUGAAGCUAUUUAUGGAGGAAAGUGGGAAAUUGCAGUUUCAUACUUCGGAUUCGUUGUCCAUAAAGAAAUCCAUGAUUUUUGUGAGCAAGUAUCUUGUCCUGUUGCUACUGGCAGUUUUGUGGUUGCUCACACCCAGAUGUUGCCUGCAUUUGCCCCACCGGGCACCUACACCGUGGAGAUGACACUAAAAAACGAAAAGAACAAGCCAUUAACUUGCAUCACCUUCAAUUUAAAAAUCGGUUUGGGAUCUUUAACAACUAUCUAAAUGAUCUGUGGAUAAUAAAUUAUUUAUAUGAUGUUUGAGUUAUAUUUGAAAAUACCUUGUAAAAAUUGAGAAAAAGCAAUACAUAAGAAACAUAGUUAUUGUUAUAGACAGAAAAAAAAGCACAAUUAUUAUUGUUUAACCAUUCUUAUGAGA